AUGUUUUGCGAGUUAGUUGAAGGAGAUGAGAAUGAGUUUGGGGUUAUCGAAGGCAUUGGAGGUAAAACUGCUAUUAAAGGUAUUGGUACAGUACAACUAGGACAUGUCACAUUAUACAAUGUGGCAUAUGUUCCUGAUGGCAACGUAAACUUGAUUUCUGUCAAAAUGGCUUCUUCUAAAUCAAACAUGAAAUUUAUAUUUGACAAAACAAAGGUAUAUACAAUUAAAAAUAAUAAAAUUACUCAAGUUGGUGAAAUGAGAAAUCAACUUUAUGUUUUUAUGCCCAACAAUAAAGAAACAAAAACGAUGAACAAACCACUUGAUUAUGCUUUUAUUUCGUAUGACCAUUCUGUUUUGCCAUCUCCAAAGGCAAAUAUUCCAGAUGCCAUUAAAUGGCAUGCUAGAGUAGGACAUCCAGGUUUAGCUAAUUAUAAUCGAUUGGCAAAUCGAAUUGACUUGCCCAUUAUGGAAGCUGAUAAACACUCGUUGUGUCCCACUUGUUCCCUUUCAAAAGGGGUGAUGAAAAAAGGAAAAAUUUCUGACACACAAUAUACGAGCCCUUUACAGCUGCUACAAGUUGACAUUUGUGGUCAAUUUAGGUAUACUAAUUUUUCUGAUAGUAAAUAUUUUUUGACUAUCCGGGAUGCCUACUCAAGAUAUUAUUCCGUAAUUCAUUUAGCAUCGAAAUCAGCUGCAUGUGAUAAGCUGAUUGAAUGGAUCUUAGAAACUGAGAAUCAUUUCAAGUCAAGAGGGGGAUUUAAGGUGGGUGCCAUUCGCACAGAUAAUGGACGUGAAUUUAUGUCUAGUAAAUUUCAUAAUUUCUGUAAAAGCAAUGGAAUUUCCCAUCAAUUAACUGUUCCAUACAAUAGUUUUCAAAAUGGAGCAGUUGAGAGAUCUCAUCGCUCGAUUGAAGAAAAAACAAGAUGCCUUUUAAUCGGAGGCAAGGUACCUCCUUCUAUGUGGACAGAGGCUGUAAGUACUGCUGUAUAUCUCUUAAAUAGGUUACCAGUAUCUAAUAAAAAUUAUUCUAUCCCUUACUGUCUCUGGAACAAUAUUCAAACAGAAAAUCUAGAUUUAUCACAUCUACGUAUAUUUGGAUGUGCUGCAUAUGCUACAUUACCUCAUCAAUUACGUGACGGGAAAUUUGCUCCUACUAGUGUAAAAUGUGUGUUUGUUGGAUAUGACUCCAAACACAAAGCAUACCGUCUCUAUCAUCCUCCUUCUAAGAAAAUUUUUGUAUCAAACCAAGUUCGCUUUGAUGAACUUGAUUUCCCACUUGCAGGUACCAAAGAAGUUGAAGUGGCUCAUACAUUUGCCACUGGUACUUUAGGUGGUGUCCCAGUUUAUCCUUCAUCUACUGAUAUUUUCAAAACUUCAUCUUCUGAAAUACAAACGUCAAAUUAUUAUCCUGAAACUACUGAUUAUCCUAUAUAUGAAAACAACUUAGAAAAUGAAUUAACCACCAUACAUGGUGAUGAGGUUCUAGAUCAAGGUACUAGUCGAUACUCCACUCCGUAUCUAUCAUCUGUUGAUUCUGAUUCUUUUAUGUCCAGAGUUGAUUCAUCUGACAAUGAUAAGCACGAAUAUGACUCUUCUUCCCCUGAUGAAUAUGAACUACCAUCUACUUCCUUCUCUUCUUCUCCUAUUUCUACGACUUCUGACUGUGAAAAUUUUACUUUCAACAACCUUGAUUCAUCCUCUAUAAACAAUGAGUCAACCGCCUCAUUCUCCUCACAUAAUUCUAAUCAAAUAAACAAGAAGGAAGCAGAAGAACUAUCAUCAAUUGCUUCAUCCUCUGAUACUGACUCUUCAACUACUCCAACAGCUGUUCCAGUAACUACUCAACAAUUAACAUCUACCAUUGAUGAUACCCACUCCGACACAUCUUCUCCUAAUCUACAAUCCAAAUCCUUAUCAACUGAUAAUUCACCGGUUUAUAACUUAGAAGACUUAGAUCCCCAUAAACCAUUAAAAAAUAGUAAAAUUGAAUUAGCUGACAAUAUUUCCGCCCCUAUCACCACACAUGUUAGCAAGUUGAAUGGCCAAACAUCCUCAAUUGUUAAUCAUAACAAGUUAGGUCCUAUUCCUGCUUCUGAAUUCUACUUAAAUCAUCAAAUUGAGAAACACCAUCCAAAGUGGGAUUCUAAUCCAAUUAGUCCUGGUAAAAUUGGUACCCCUGCUGUUGAGGCUGUUAAUAUUGACUCCGGCAGUUUUGUUCCUAUGAACUCCAUGGAUGGUCUCACCCAACUCAUUAGAACACCGGUAUUCCCUUCUUCUCAAUCAUCUGGCUCUGAUGAUAACUCUUCACAUCACAUAGCCUUGACUGCGUUGGUACAUGGCAUGUCCUUUACGUCUACCACUACUUCUGUCCCAAAUACAUUCAACCAGGCAAUGAGUUCAUCAGAUAAAGAUAAAUGGUAUCAAGCCUGUCUGAAAGAACUUCAAGCUUUUAAAGAUCAUGAUACAUAUAGGUUGACUCCUCUCCCUCCUGGUCGUCGUGCCUUGGGGUCUCGUUGGGUGUUUAACAUUAAGGACGGAAAUCGGUUUAAAGCUCGUUUAGUGGCUCAAGGACACACUCAAAAAGCUGGCAUCGACUAUCAAGAAACCUUUGCUCCUGUGGUGCGGUAUGAUUCUGUCCGUAUCUUUCUUGCUAUCUCUGCUCUCCUUAAUCUCCGUGUUCACCAAAUGGAUGUAGACACUGCCUUCUUAAAUUCCAAAAUGGAAGAGCCGGUUUACGUUCGUCAACCUCCAGGUUUUGUUGAUCCUGUGCAUCCCAAUCACGUGUGGCAGCUUUACGGGGGUAUGUACGGAUUAAAGCAAGCCCCACUACUAUGGAACACGCAUAUUCAUAAAACAUUAUCUAGGAGAGGAUUUACUCGUCAUGAUGGAGAAUAUGGUAUUUAUUUUAAAAAUGUAGACAACUUUAAAGUAUUGAUUGCACUUUAUGUUGAUGACCUUUUAAUUGCUGCUCCAAAUAAAGAUAUUAUGAACUCUGUGAAAGCAGGGUUAAACGAAACUUAUUCCAUGAAAGAUCUUGGCCCUGUUUCUAAAUUUUUGGGAAUGAAUGUUUACCAAGAUAACCUGAACAAUAUAACCAUCUCAAUGGAGGACUAUAUUACCAAAGCUGCUCAGAGCUGUCAAAUAGACUUAAAUAAAAAUGUGGAAUUUCCAUUAUCUAACACAGCCAAUUACUUUGACACAGAAUCUCCAGCAAUUGCCAAUAUCACUGAAUACCAAAGUAUUGUAGGCCAGUUGCUAUUUGUUAGCAACGUUGGACGGCCUGAUGUAGCUCACUCUGUUCAACUACUAUCACGGUUCCUCAAAGAUCCUAGAGAGGUGCAUUUAAAAGGUGCUUACAGAGUUAUGCAAUAUUUAUAUAAAACCAAAAAACUAGGAUUGUCUUAUAAUACAAGAUCCAAUAAAUAUCUUGAAGGAUUCUCAGAUGCAUCUCAUGGAAAUAAGAAUGAUUUGAAACAUGCAACUGGUGGGUUUAUUAUAAAACUUGCUGGUGGAGUGGUUACAUGGUCUUCCAAGAAAAUUACAAGCGCAGUUUGUCUAUCAUCUACUGAUGCAGAAUACAUUUCUGCUAGCAACACAAGCAGGGAAUUAAUUUGGAUAAAAAAUAUGUUGAAUCACAUGAAAAUAGAUGUAAACGAAGUUAAAUUAUGGAUAGACAAUGAACCUGCCAUUCACGUAGCUAAAAACCCUGUCUUACACUCAAAAAUGAAACAUGUUAACCUUCACUAUCAUUUCAUCAGACACCAAGUAGAGUCUGGUAUUAUUGAAAUUGGUCACAUAAAUACAACUGAACAAAUUGCUGAUAUAAUGACAAAAGUUUUACCAAGACCUGCCUUUAUAAAAGUCCGAGAUUUAUUCAUGAAGAAAAUAGAACAGGAAUUUAGCUUACGGGGGUGUGUUGAAAUAUAA